UAAAACAGAGGGCCAAUGAGCAGCCGCGGUGGCGGCGGCUGGGCAGGCGGUACCCUCCUCUUUUUCGGCAGAAGCUCUCCCCCCUCCCGGCAGAAUGGCAGGAGCUACGAGAGAGCUCUCGCAGCCGGGGGGUCAAGAGGUGAACAGGGCCGUCCGCGUUCAGGGAGCCCCGAGUGCAUAAAUAGCCGUCCCCGGCUGCGGGAGCGCGCAGUCGCUCCCUUCUGCAUCGCAGGCCCGGGUGACCGGCUCCCCGUCUGCACGCCCAGCUCAGGCAUGGAGAAGGUGACGUUCAUUUGCGUGAGGGGCCCGGCAUGCUGGUGGGCAGCGCUGACCCUGCUCUGGGGGGUCCACGCCGCCCCCCUUGACCUCGACCCCGUGUGCUCGGGUGACGCCCGCGCCAAAUACAGCUUGACGUUCAAGGGCAAGUGGAGCAAGGCCGCCUUCCCUAAACACUACCCCUUGUACAGACCCCCCGCACAGUGGUCGCCGCUCAUUGGUGUGUCUCACAGCUCCGACUACCACCUGUGGCAAAGGAACGAGUACGCGAGCAAUGGGGUGCGGGAGUUUUCCGAGAAGGGAGAGGCCUGGACCCUAAUGAAGGAGGUGGAGGCAGCCGGGGAGCGCAUCCAGAGCGUCUACGGGGUCUUCUCGGCCCCUGCUGUGGCGGAGGGAACGGGCCAAACCUCCACUGAGUUUGAGCUCUUUGCAAGACACUCCUUUCUCUCCUUCAUCAUGCGCAUCGUGCCGAGCCCUGACUGGUUUGUCGGGGUGGACAGUCUGAACCUGUGUGAGCGAGACCAAUGGAAGGACAACAUCACACUGGACCUUUACCCUUAUGACGCCGGCACUGACAGCGGCUUCACCUUCUCCUCGCCCAACUUCGAGACCAUUCCUCAGGAGAAAGUCACCGAGAUUACAUCGUCAUCCCCCAGCCACCCCGCAAACUCCUUCUACUACCCCCGGCUCAAGCACCUGCCCCCAAUUGCCAAGGUCACUCUGACGAAGAUCAAGAGCAACCACAUGUCCAGCCUCCCUGUCGAACCCACACAGUCCAACCAGAUCCCCGUUGGCAACGAGGUGGAAGACGCCCGCACCAAUACCCCCCUGGACUGCGAGGUGUCGGCGUGGUCGCCGUGGGGUCUGUGCAAGGGCAAAUGCGGUGAGCCAGGCGUCCGCCACAGGACUCGUUACGUCCACAUGCACCCCGCCAACAAUGGGAUGGCCUGCCCCCCACUGGAGGAGACGAAGAACUGCGACCCUGACAACUGCGUGUGACAGCGGGGGGAGGAGCCGCGGUGCCCUCGCUCCUUUGGUGUCGUUCUCUACCCCUCCCACCCCAGAGGUUCCCCAAGCCACCGUGCGCCCCCUCUGACGGGGAUGCUACACCAUUCAGCGCACUUUGUAUGGGUGGGGCCGAGAAAACGCUUGCUCUCAUUGCUGGGUGCAAAAGAGCCGGGUUCGAACCGGCAGUUCCCGCACCGUCACGCUGGAGGCUUGUGGCACGUACUACAGCGCUGCACAAAAGUGGCAUCUUAGUGGUAUAUGGCGUCUGGAAUCAAAGUGUUUUCAUAAAAGCUUUAAAUUAUGAAAUAAAACAAAUGAACA